AUGGCAUCCGAUUGUCCAGUACGUAAAUACAUGGAUGAUCCAAACAUACAGUGGAUACACGGAAAGCCAGAUUAUACUGCAGUGAAUAAGAAAUAUCUUGAGGAAAGAUCGAGAAAGCAUCCUGUCGAUUCGUUGGAGAAACUGGUUGAAAACCUUGUCAAAACUUGGGAAAUGGAAUCGUCCCACAAAGCACGAGAAGAGGAUUGGCAAUCCGUUGUGAAGGAGACAUUCACAAUCAACACGAACGGAGGUAAUCGAUUUACAUUGAAGGACAACAUUGAAAAGGGGAACUACAAUAUCUUGAUGUGGGAUUCACCCCUUUAUCAAGCACAGGAAGAGACCAAUGAAUCAUCACACAAACUGUUCCGUCAUGCCAUGCCGAAUGGAUUUGCGUGGGAGGUUUUAGAAACUUUUUCAGGACCACCAAAAGUAUCCUUUACUUGGAGACACUGGGGGAAAUGGGAAGCAAAUUACAAGGAUUCCAAACCCACGGGAGAGACCUUGGAAUUGACCGGAAGUUGUGUUGCUGUCGUCAAUGAGAAUUUGAAAAUCGUGUCAAUUGAAGUGUUUUAUGACCCAAACCCAAUGAUGGCUAAACUCCUCAAUUUCAAGUUAGGAAGUAAAUGUCCCGUUGCAUAA